ACUUUGAAAACAUUGUUUAACUCUUAAAGAACCUUAUCUAUUUUAUUACUAAACUUUUUUGCAUUUAGUAAUGAAUCAUAUUAAACAAUAGAAAAAAUGACAUACUACUAUUAAAUAUCUGAUAGCUAUUGGUAAAAAAGUGACCACCAGAAUCUGCAAAACAAAUUUAAAAGUAUCAUUUGAUACUUUUCUGAAUGUUUCAAAAAGUAUAUCUUUGAUGCAUUAAUUUAUAUUUACAAACAUUUAUAUCUUCCACAUAUAAGUAGUGUUUCGUUAUUAAACGCAAGAAUUAAUAAUUUUUUUUUUUAAUGGACACGGUUCUUUCUUUUAAAGCUUUAUUCAAAUUAAUAUGUAAUGUAAUUAAAUUCAAAAUUACAAUAUCCACAGCCGCUAAAAAGCCGAAAAGAUCCUCAGAAGGUUUGAUUACUUGGAAAGUAAUCGAGACGAAAAUGCCAUGGAGUUUGAUGUUCCUAUUGGGUGGCGGUUUCGCAAUAUCGAGAGGAAGUGUUGCAUCUAGUAUGGCAAAACAAAUUGGUGAAGCUCUAGUACCACUUCGUUACUUACCACCUAUUAUAAUACUUUCCAUAGUGUGCUUCUUUGAAGGCCUCUUGACAGAAUUUACUUCAAAUGUGGGUGUCGCAAAUAUUACUCUACCGGUGAUAGCGCAAAUGUGCGUGGCAAUGGAAAUACAUCCUAUGUAUUUGAUGAUACCAGCCACACUAAUGUGUUCGUUUUCGUUCCGCUUGCCAGUUGGGACACCACCAAACGCGAUUAUAACAAUUGCAGGACAUAUUCCGACCAAUUGGUUGAUAACUGGAGGCUGUGCACCUGCAAUUUAUAGCUUAAUAGUGGAAGUAAUUUUUUUCUCAACAUGGGGCGUUUUCGUUUAUGGAAUUAAAGAUUUUCCCGCUUGGGCUAAACGUGUCCCAAUGGAAAAUAAUACAAACCUUAUAAUUAUUAACUAGGAACAACUAUUGAAGUUACGUAGAGAUUAAAUCCUAAACUUCCUCGUCUAAUUUUUCUUUUUGUAAAAUUUUGAAUCUUGUUACGAGUAGAACAACAAAUUAAUACUUUAAGUACUAGUGUUGUUUAAAAAUGUUCUACAUUUUUUACUGAAAACUGUUUAUUUAACACAAAUAAAAUUUAUAUUCAGCAAGGGUAUAUUUUAAGAUACAUAUGUUAUUUUUCUACAAAUUCUCUGUUCAGUUGUUGUGUAGUCUCGCGUGAUUGCUAUCCCAAUAUGAAGUCUUGUUUCUAUAACCAUCUCUUGACAGCCUCAACAAAGCCUUUAAAUUUUAUUCAGCGAAAGUUUAAAGACCGCGAAAGUGUUGUGAGAGCUGUUAAGAAAUAACUACGGGACAGCCUACAAGAAAACCUCUUGUUUUGCAAUGGCAAAUAAGACCAUAUCAAUAAAGAAUUUGUUGAAAAGUAAUAUAUGUAACAUACGUACUUUUGCUGAAUGUGAAUUUUAUUUAUGUUGAAUAAACUUAAAAAAAUGUGAUGCAUUACUUUUUAAAUAAACCUAGUGUCUAUAACUAAACUAUUUUUGUAACUUUCCUCUCAUAUGUGUUACAUUAUAUUACACUGAGAGAAAAUUAUAUACUAUAAACUUUAUUUACUACACACCUAUACGUACUAAUACAUGUAUGAGAAUAAUAAUAUAAUAAAGAAAAAGAUAAUAAAGAACGAUACAAUGUUCAAAAAUAAA